AUGGCGAAGAAGGGUGGAGUUCAGCAGCUCCAGGCGGAUCUUGCCUCGGACGAGGAGUUCGAGAAGUUUCUGCAGCGAUCCGGCUUGCUGGUGCUCGACAUAUACUCGGAGUGGUGGCCCUGCCUGGGCAUGGUGGGCAGCCUGCGGAAGAUUAAGCUGGAGCUGGGCGGCGACAACCUGCAACUGGCCAUUUGCAAGGCGGGCUCCAUUUCCUACCUUGAACGAUUCAACAAGAAGAGCGAGCCCACUUGGAUGUUCGUAACGAACGGCAAAGCCAUUAACAUCAUGUUCGGCACGGAUGUGCCCAAGCUGGUGGCAAUGAUCACCAGGAUGCUGCAGUCGACAAUGGCCAAGGAGUCACAUGUCAGCUACGAGAUAACCGAACUGCAGCCAAUCGAACUGCAACAGCUGGAGGUGCGCAACCGGGCGCUGCAGGUUGCCGAGGAGAUCGAGCUGGCUGAGAGCCGGCGCAAGCGUGUCGAAUACCUUCGCAGCGUCACCGAUUGCAUCAUGGGGAACCUGCCCGACAUCGGUAUCACCGUCUUCGGGCCGCAGGUGAAUCGCGACAUGUUCAAGAAGCUCUCCGAGCCGGCCGAUCCUCUCAAGAUCCAGUGCAAGGACCGCAAGGUCUUCUCCAUUUCGCCGGCUGACUUCGCCACGGUGAACUUUGCGGCCGAGAAUCCGCUGGCCCCGGAGGUGAUCGAGCAGCUGUACGACAAGGAGCUGCUCAUGUGCUUCUGGAAGGUGGAGGAGGUGCUCGAGCCCCCGGCCGUGCUGCGCCAGUACGCCCAUGAGCUGACUAAGGAGACAAUCAAACCGCCUGAUGAGUUCAACGAAGAGGAGAUCACAGUGCCGCCAAUGAUUGUGCCGCUGGAGGUAACCGUGGAAAUCCUGGAGCCAGAGAUAAAUGUCGAUGCGGAGGCAGAGGUGGAACCGGAGCCGGAGGAGGAACAGGGCGGCCAGCAGCUGGGUGAGAUGCCCAAUGAUGAGGAAAUGGAGGCGGCGGAGUCUGAUCCCUCUCCGGCCGAACUCCUUCCAGUGGCGCAGCCAGAGGAGAAGCCGCGCAGGACCAAGACCAUCCGGAUACCGCCCAUUUGGGUGCCUAGUGACCAGCGCACCCAUGCCGCCCUUAUCUACACCUACUUCCGCGCGCAGACCGCCACAUUCCUGCCGCCCGAUCCCGUUCCGGAGCCACCGCACAUUGUGAUGACAUUCGAUGCGUACAAGAAGAAGGAUCUCGGCGUGCUCCUUGAGACCUGUCGCGAGGAUAUACCGCUCUACGGCUUCUUCACCAGCGACAAUCCCCAGACGGCCGUUUUCAUAGCGAACUCGGUGGAAAAGUACAAUGCCAAGCCCUAUGUUCCGUAA